AUGUCCUCCCGCAGCCCCCGGCCCCCGCCCCGCCGCUGCCGCCGCCGCCUGCCGCGCCCCUCCUGCUGCUGCUGCUGCUGCCGCCGUUCGCACCUCAACGAGGACACGGGUCGCUUCGUGCUGCUGGCGGCGCUCAUCGGCCUCUACCUGGUGGCGGGCGCCACAGUCUUCUCGGCGCUCGAAAGCCCGGGCGAGGCGGAGGCGCGGGCGCGCUGGGGCGCCACGCUGCGCAACUUCAGCGCGGCGCACGGCGUGGCCGAGCCGGAGCUGCGCGCCUUCCUCCGGCACUACGAGGCCGCGCUGGCCGCUGGUGUCCGAGCCGACGCGCUGCGCCCGCGCUGGGACUUCCCUGGCGCCUUCUACUUCGUGGGCACCGUGGUAUCGACCAUAGGUUUUGGCAUGACCACCCCCGCGACGGUGGGCGGGAAGGCCUUCCUCAUCGCCUAUGGGCUGUUCGGCUGUGCCGGGACCAUCCUGUUCUUCAACCUCUUCCUGGAGCGCAUCAUCUCGCUACUGGCCUUCGUCAUGCGCGCCUGCCGGGAGCGCCAGCUGCGCCGCAGCGGCCUGCUGCCCGCCACUUUCCGCCGCGGCUCGGCGCUCUCGGAGGCCGACUGCCUGGCGGGCUGGAAGCCCUCGGUGUACCACGUGCUGCUGAUUCUGGGCCUGUUCGCCGUGCUGCUGUCGUGCUGCGCCUCGGCCAUGUACACCAGCGUGGAGGGCUGGGACUACAUGGACUCGCUCUACUUCUGCUUCGUCACCUUCAGCACUAUCGGCUUCGGGGACCUGGUGAGCAGCCAGCACGCCGCCUACCGGAACCAGGGGCUCUACCGCCUGGGCAACUUCCUCUUCAUCCUGCUCGGCGUGUGCUGCAUCUACUCGCUCUUCAACGUCAUCUCCAUCCUCAUCAAGCAGGUGCUCAACUGGAUGCUGCGCAAGCUGAGCUGCCGCUGCUGCGCGCGCUGCUGCCCGGCGCCCGGCGCGCCCCUGGCCCGGCGCAACGCCAUCACCCCGGGCUCCCGGCUGCGCCGCCGCCUGGCCGCGCUCGGCGCCGAACCCGGGGCCCGCGACAGCGACGCCGAGGGCCGCCGCCUGUCGGGCGAGCUUAUCUCCAUGCGCGACCUCACGGCCUCCAACAAGGUGUCGCUGGCGCUGCUGCAGAAGCAGCUGUCGGAGACGGCCAACGGCUACCCGCGCAGCGUGUGCGUCAACACGCGCCAGAACGGCUUCUCCGGCGGCGUGGGCGCGCUGGGCAUCAUGAACAACCGUCUGGCCGAGACCAGCGCCUCCAGGUAG